AACGUACUUACCUGUUGAUUUGAUUCGCGCUCUCUUCAAAGGUUCAACCUUACCUGGAUUGACGCGCUACGCUCUGGAUGGGGAGAAAUUUACGCUGUUGAUAUAGGGUUUCAACAUGGGCGUUGGACAUAGCAGACAGUUAGACGUAGUGCGGGCGACGCAAAAAGACGCCGCCAAACCUAAACCGGAUGUGGACCGGGAAGGCAAGUUCCGGUUCCUGAAAACUGGCGAUGACGUUCCCGAUCGAGGGGGAGUCAUUCUGCAACGGAUGAGGCACUAUGACCGAAUGGAACCAGAUUUAAAAAAACCCUCCCCUGCACAAAGAAGGAAAGAGGCAAGCCAUCUGGAGUCUGUCUGCGCAUGUCUAGGAAUCUCCGAUGCUGAUGCAGAUCUCCUGUCCACAAUCUACAACGUCCCGGCAGACACCUACACCGACAACGCCUCCAUCUGCCUUGAUGCAUUCUUCCAUCUUCUGGAUCAGACCACGCGGCAGUACCUUGGCCACGCCCUAAAGCGAGACUGGGCCUACUUGCCACCAGAGGUCGCUUACGACUACUUGGAGAUAAUUCCACAUACUUCCGGUGGUGUCAAGGUUGGCGAGAUACUCAAGAAAUGCGUAGGAUACGCCCUCCGCUGUCAAAAGUUCGAUAUGGCGUCGGCCUUGACCUUGCUCCUGGACCAGCCGACGGAGCAGCGCAAGGAUAAAGAGCUGCUAGCGGAUGUUAUUGAGCUGCUAGACGUGCUGUGUCCACGCCUUCUGCUCCCACCGCAGCUCAUUUUGAGGAGGUCAGAGGUUAUGACCUACAGAGGUGACCUUCAUGGAGCCAUUAGGCAGCUGACUGGGCUCUUGGAAAAAGACAAACAUGGAGAGAGUAAAUGGCAGUACCGAUCAGAGGACCAGCAGCUGAAAGUCCGUGCACAGUGUCUGCAGAUGACGGGACAAAUACUGCACAAGAUGUGUUGCUGGAAGGAUGCCGUGUCCCCUUUGGUAGAGUCAAUUACUGCGUUUGGAUCCUCACAAGUGAAGGACACAGACGGGAUCAUUGUUUCCUUGGAGCUGAUAUCUAAGUGUCUUUGUAAAAUAACCAAUGGGGACUACCAGGACCUGAAGGAUAUGCUGGGCUUUCAGUACGACGAUCGCUACUACCAGGCUCACGUUGCGAGUAAAGAGGCUUCAGAUCUUGCCAGAUGUCCACUCUUUGCUGCUAGAACACACAACCAAGCAGCGGAGUCGUUGUUGAUGUACACGGCCCAGCACCCUGGUAGCGUUGACCAUCUCAACAAUAUAGAACAUGUCAUCUCAGAAUUGACCACCGGUCUGGCUGUCCACAAAUCAAGAUGGCAUUUGGAAUGUCGCCAGGAGUUCUUUGAGUUUGUCCGAUCAAUAUACCUCUUGAAACUCGCGUUUGGAUUCUCCGACAGAGAGGAAGACAAGCGAUACGCCUCAAAGCUUGAAGAGACCGCCAUGUUUCUGUACGGCAAGUAUUGUCAGCAGCUCGUUUCCGGUGGAUUUAUGGUCUGUACGCUGACCUUGACCCCAGACAUCAUGACUACAGCCAACUCGCUCAUGGUUGAUCUAGGCCUAGGGGUCAUUGACCCCACAGCCAGCUGUUGUAUUGAGAUCACUCGAAAAGACGUCGAGAAGAAAUCCACCAACAGACGCCAUCUUGUUACCUUCGGCUCCUCACAGGGUAAAGGGUGUGACGAGUACUGCUCUGAUGCCAAGAGGGGUGACAGAAUGGCGGAUAGGUUGGAACUCGGCUUACCUAUUAAUCCUGUGGCAUAUGGCAUCCCAGAAUCUGAUGUGCCCAUAGAGACAUUUCAGGAUUUGUGCGGCUGUGUCUUUAGUAAAAGGGGAGAGUACCCCGAGAUUAACCACAGUAGAAGUAUGAGAGUGGGUGGCCGGAAGUUUGAUCCUGAAUUGCCUCCCCUUGUGAGUACAUUCAUUCCCACGUAUGUCGACUCACACGACAGGUACGGCUCUGAUGGCAGCGACAGUGGCGUCAACAGCUGUGACGAGAACAGCAUCGGGGACGGCGCUAAAUUCUCCCCGUUAUUGUCAGCCAUACCUUCCUUUGUUGGCGACUUCAGACACACACGAAGCGGAUCCGUUAAAAGAGCCCGGCUGUUGAAGUUCAACCCAGUGACUGGCAUAUGGACGUGUCAGAAUACGUUGGUAUGGUUGGGGCCUGUGCUGGACCUCCCGGAGAGCAAGAAGGGCAGGUGUCGGGAAGCCUUUGACGUGCAAUAUCUACAUCAGGACGAACUCAUGGGCAGAUAUGUUGGCAAGCGCUACAGGAAGCAGCGAUGUCCAAGUCAGUACCUUGAGGACGUCAUCUGCCAGAAGACCGCCCGGUUCCUGGUGACACUGUUCAACGCGUCCCUCCACGCCUACAAGUCAGAUAUCCAGGUCCAGUACGUCCCGGUCGCGCACCUGCAGAUCAUGUCGUCGUCGGGGGAGCUGGAGGACUGGAUCAACGUGGAGCCGUACCUGGAGGGGGAUUUCACCAAACUGACCAACAACCUGUCCUACAGCAACCCCCGAGGUCGAGAACUGGCGACGGCUCUCACCCACUUCUCCUUCGUCCAGUCCCGGGGCAAGCUGAUGCUGGUGGACCUCCAGGGUUGGAUGCCGUCCGACGGCAAGGGCGUUGUCUACCUCACCGACCCCCAGUUCCACUCCAACGGUGGGGGUAAACUCAGCAGCUGCGACAUGGGGCAGACGGGGAUUGAGGUGUUCUGGGAGACCGUUCAUCCUGAAUGUAACGAUAUCUGCUGGGCCUUGAAUCUUCCAAGACCAUGUGAAGGUUCAUUAAUUUGAUCCGCUGCUUGAUGUUUGGUAGGAACAAGAAGGUAGGCUUCGGCCUAAGAUGGUUCCCGGCUCCCUUUGCGCGCGUAACCUUGCGAUAUGCGAGACGGGGCCCAGCUUAGGCUUCGGCCUACCUUUAGAAACCACAAACUUUACAAAUUACAUCACAAUACCUUAUGACGUAAUUUGUGAAACCUUUGUUUCCAAAAACAAUGCUCUUUGACGUUAGACUGAUGCUUGGUUAUCGAGUGUGCCUAAACCUCCUCUCAGUGUUCUGUCGUCUCUAUACGCAUUGUCAUUGAGUAAGCCAAGCGAUGUAUGGAGAGUGUGCUCUAAACAUAGAAGGCGGCGGCGCAUUUGUCACUGGACCGAUGUUUGGUGUUACAGAAUGUGUAUUCUAUUGUAAUAUUUCAUCUGAUGAGAUCAUGAAUAAUCUUACUUGACAGUGUUGGAAAUAAUAUAGAACGUUUACAAUCAA